CCUCCCAACUUGUACUGCACCAUGUUUUCCAAUUCCUUUCCUUAUAUAUGCACAACCAUAUGCACAUGAACACUUCAGGGCUUAAAAACAUAGUUACAAGGUAUCUACUUGAGGAAUCAGAUUCAGAGAGCGAGAGAAAAAAGAGAUCGAGGGAGAGAAAUGAAGAAGUGUGAGCUGUGUGAUUCUGUGGCGAAGAUGUACUGUGAAUCUGAUCAAGCUAGUCUGUGCUGGGACUGUGACAUCAAGGUUCAUGGUGCAAACUUCUUGGUGGCCAAGCAUUCAAGGACUCUGCUCUGCCAUGUCUGUCAAUCUUUAACCCCAUGGAAUGCCUCUGGACCCAAGCUUGGUCCUACUGUUUCAGUUUGUGAGAGUUGUGUGAACAAUUCUAACAAGGAGUCCAGAAAUGAAGAAGAAGAAGAAGAAGAAGAAGAUGAUGAUGAUGAUUAUGAUGAUGAUGAUGAAGACGAAGAAGAAGAAGAAACUAGCAUUGGAGAAGAUGAUGAUCAUGAUGUUGGCGGUAAUAAUGGUGCUGGUGAUAAUGAUGGUGGUAACGCUGAUGACGAUGAAGAGAAUCAAGUUGUACCAUGGUCAUCUAGCUACCCUGCUCCACCAGACUCAAGUUCGAAGUCUUUAAAUGAUGAAGAAUGUUGCAAUGAAAGUUUCUCAAUAUCAAGGUCAGCAUAUCCAUAUAAGCGAAGGCGCUAGAAUUCACACUUGAAUUCUCAAGUUCACAAUUUCUUCAUCUAAAGAUCUUGCAAAUGAAGCAUGUCUUUCUUUCUUUCUAGUCUCCUCCGAUCAUCAUCCUCAAUAAGAGAUAGAUGAGAGCUCAGAAUGAUGGAAGAAGCAACAACUUAAGCUUUUACAUCUUGCAAAUGAUGCAUGUCUUUCUUUCUUUCUUUCUUUAUUUCUUUCUAGUCUCCUCCGAUCAUCAUCCUCAAUAAGAGAAAGAUGAGAGCUCCGAAUGAUUGAAGAAGCAACAACUUAAGCUUUUACUGACUAGGUGAAUAUUCUUAAUUUGUUUUCAAGUCAUUGUAAGCUUUUGACUCCCAUUUUAAUUGGAUCCUUACAAUC